AUGUCUCUCAUCAGACGAGGUGCUUCAGUCCUUUUUGCCAGAGGAAAGUUCUACGCUACUCCAAUCCUCAGAGGACAAACAGCCAAUCAAGACAAGGAAUCAUCAGAGGAAGAGAAGUAUGCUGCCAAGCAUGAUUAUGAAUUGUUAAUGAAGUGGGCUGCUCAACAAGGCAAGAAGAUGGAAGUUAAAACUGAGGAAGUCAAGAAGGAAGUGAGGGAAGAAAUUGCCAAACACAACAAGCAGAAUGUUGAUGAAAUCACACAAUUGAAAGAACAAGUUGCCGAACUCAAGUCCAUGUUGUCGAAGGCUUUGGAAAAGAAGUAA